UUGUUGAUGUUGUAUUGAAACAUGGGCGACACUCUUCUUCCUUCCAUUGCCAGAUAGUGCGCCGGCCUGUUCCUUUCCCUGAGAGUGUGCGCGAGGAUGAGGUCGUUGGUGUGGCAGAUGUCUAUUAUCCGCAAAAUACCAGAGUUCAACAGUCCUGCCAAUGAUGAGGAUGUUGGAAAGGCGUAGGCAUCCAGUAUCUUCCAUGUUCGGUCCCUUAAUAUUUCUCCUCCAGCGCUCUGUCCGUUCGUGAAUAAGGUGUCACAGUUUAGACAAAUGGUUGCUUCCGAGGUGAACCUCCAUUUCACAGUCUGGUUGUCGAAGCUGAUAAAUUUUCUGUGUGAAUUGCUUGAUACCCAGUUGUGAAUGUGAGUUUUAAUAUCCUUGAUUGUGUCCUUGAUGGAAUGUGGCUUGUUGUCCCAUAUGAUUUGAGUGUAAUUUUUCCAUGCGAACCAUGCUAUGAUGCCGGGAGUCAUAUGUGUAAUUAUUCCUUUUGUUGAAUGCUUUUCUCCACCAAUCCACCAUUUGUAAAGUGUUUGCCUGAGGUCACUCUGGUUUGUUGCUCCAACCUGCAAAAUGUUAGAAAAAUAAACCCAAAUAGGUUUGAUUUGUGAGCAUGCAUAUAAACAGUGGUUUGUUGAUUCUCCUUGUAUGCGGCAGAAAGGACAUUGUGAAGCUAACCGAAUUUUCAAGCGUUUUAGGUUUUCUAGGGAAUGAGAGGAUGUGAUUGUUGAGUUUCCACAUGAAAUUUUUUUGUUGAGAAUGUUUUUGGCUUCCCAUAUGUGUUUUUGGCUGAAAGUGGUGUGUUUCCUUGAUCUAAGUUUGUGGUAGGCUGAAGAUAGGUAGAGGUUUUCAUUCUGAUUGUCUUUCCAAACCAGUUGACUGAUAUGCACUAAUUAGUAGUGCAUAAAUGUAUAUUUUUAUGUUUGAUUUAUGUGUAUUGUUCACCAUUUUAUUAGUUUGUAAACAUUUGUUUUAUUUGGUUUGUAAUUGUAUUUUAGUUCUCAUUUGUAAGUUGUAAAGUAGAGUUAGGAUUUAUGGUGUUGAAAAGGAGGACUUUGAAGUGAAGAAAAAGGAGAUUGGACUAUCCAUAAGCUGAAACCCGACCGGGUAUAACACUUGACCCGGUCGGGUAAGAUUUAACAGAUGAAGGUACCUGGAAAUACACUGGACCCGGUCGUGUCCCCUAUUCCACCCGGUCGGGUCUGACUUGACCCAGAACACCAGAACGUGCCGAAGAUCACCAGAACGUGGAAGAUCAUCUAAUUUUGACCGGACCCGGUCGGGUAGGCACUUGACCCGGUCGGGUACCCGGCCCAAGGUGUUGAAAAACACCUAUAAAUAGCACACUUUUUCUUCACAAAUAUUCAUCCCUUCUUCCAUACUCUUAAGCUCGGUUUAGAAUAGCAUUUCUUUAUAUUUUUCUAGCUAUGUUUAGUCUCCAAAUGGGGAGCUAAACUUCCAUUCUUGGUGUUGCUCUUGAAGCUUGUUGAUUAUUAAAAUUGUGAGUUAUUUUCUUAACUUCUUUCCUUGAAUAUUAAUUCUUCCUUUAAAUACUAUUUCUCUAUCAAUGUUGGAGAGUGUUACUAAGAUGACAACUAGUAAACAUCUUGACAUUAGUUAUAGUAAUAGUUAUUUCUUUCUCUAUGUUAAUAUUGGGGAGUGUUACUAAGAUGACAAUUAGUUAACAUCUUGAUAUUAACUAUAGUAGUAUUCUUCUUCUUUAAUAUUCUUCCUUGAGUAUUAAUUAAUUCCUAUUCAUAUUUCAUAUUAAUAUUUUGAACAUUACUUAAAGGAUCAACUAGUUUUGUUUCAUAUAUUAAUUAUUACUAGAAUCGAUCGACGAAUACGCUUAUUAAUCGUUGAUGGUUACACAAGUAACUUCGGUUUAUUAAUGCACGGUUGUGGUUAAUAAACUUAAGAGAGAUUAAUUUUGUUGGUUAAACUGAAACUGUUGUGUUGAGGUUAUCAAUCUCAAUUGAUUUCAUCAAGGAAUUAAGAGAUCAAAUGCUAUUAUCAAGUCGGUAUAUGGCGGUGUUCUAUACUUGACUAAUAGUAAGGGUUAUUAAUGAACUGUCGUUGUUAAUAACUACCAUCGAUGAAUUGGAUUUACUCCUCGAUUGAGUAUUCGAGAGGGAAUAAGUUAUAGAUAUAACAAUGAUCCACUAAAAUAUAUCAACAAGUGGAAAGUAGCAAUGCGAAGUCCUUUUUAUCUUUGAAUUAAAUCUCAUGUAAGUCAUUCAUCUUAGUUUAUUUAAAUUAAAUCAUUCAACACCAAAACCCCCUUUUUAUUUACUAAGUUCAUAAAAAGAAAAGUAUUCAUUUCCCUGCGGAUACGAACUCUACUUCACCUAUACUACGUGUUAGUGCUAGUAUUGAAUUUAUUUUGACGCACCGUGACAAAGUGCUCGUCAAAUUUGGCGACGUUGCAGGGGAAAGGCAAUUAUUUUUCUUUUUCUUUUAUCUCAUAAAAAUCAAAAACAAAAAAUAUAUAAAAAAACUUACUCUUCUAUUUUCUGAGCUUACAUGAGUUAUGAGUAUAUGGAGAGUCAAAUUUCCUUCUUGACUUCUCUAAUAAACGAAUUUACCUUAAGCUCAAAAGCUCAAGAUGCCAGGACAUGCAACAUUUGCAUGUCUCACAGGCAUCUUACGGAUUUCUGCUUAAAGCUCCAAGAUGAAUACCUUGAACAAAUUGAUGAUGUUGGUUGCGAAAGGGAUGUACCUCACAUGAGUUAUGAUCCGUUCUUCAACUCUAACAUGUCUACGGAGGAUAUGGUCCGGGCUAUUGCUACCAACAAAACCACCAUGCAAAACAACAUGGUGCAAUUCCAAAAUGAGACCAAGUCUAGCAUUUUAAACUUGGAAACUCAAAUGAGUCAAAUAGUCGGAGCCGUGAGUAGGCUUGAAGCAAGGGAUUUGGAAAAACUUCCCUCUCAAAUAGAAUGUGAUCCUAAACAGCAAACUUUUGCAAUCAGAUUGAGAAAUGAGAAGGAAAUGCAAAAGGAGAUCCAGAAUCAAGAAGAAGUAGAGGAAGAAAAAGACACGGAGCUCCAACUGGUCAAAGAAGAGGCUAAGCUGAGCUUGAAAUUCAAAGUUUUUUCCUUGUCAUCCUUUGAGGUAUCUCCAUCAUCUCUGGAAGCUUUAAGAGAAACUCAUAAACUUGAAAAGGACAAUGACAUUUGUGAAAUUUUCUUCAAAAUUGACGGAUCGAAAAACUUUUCAUUGACCAUACUAAGCGAUAAUUUCUUCCCUUUCCUCCCACCAAUUGAAUCAAUGAAAAUCUGGAUAUUUGAUCCUGGAAAGAUUUCCAAAGUAAAGAGUCGAGAAAUUGAGCACUCCUAUUGAAGUCCUAGGAGUGAAAGUGUGAAGAAGAUAAACUAUCAUGAUCCAAGUUUGAAUGAAUGAACAGAAUGAUAGCGUCGUGCCGCGACGUUAAAUGAGGCGCUUGUUGGGAGGCAACCCAUGCAAGGUACGUUUACUUGUAUUUUUUUUUUUGCACAUUGUUUUUUUAAAAAAAUGGUGUCUGGGCUGCUACCCAGCCGGAUAUCUCAAAAACCCGGUCGGGUUCCCUCACAAAAACAAAAUACCCGGGCAACACACCACCGGGUGAAAACGGAAAAACUAAAAAAAGAGCAUAAGACCCGAUCGGGUAACUCCAAAACCCGACCGGGUUUUUGCAUAUUUUUGGCUCUGGGAUCCACUGAAAUGCAUACCCAUUUGGGUAUUACCGAAACCCGGGCGGGUACGCAUUUAAAUUUUUGAAAUAGCUACACACCCGACCGGGUGACCCCCAAUACCCGACCGGGUGAACCAAUAAAAACGAUAGCUACACACCCGACCGGGUGUACGGGAUUUCUGCAGUUUUAAACCCCAGAAACACACUUCGACCAUAUCACUUUCAUCCCCAACCUGAAACAAAAACCUCCUAAAUAACUAAAAAUCCAAAUCCCCUUACUCCACAAACAACAAAAUCUGAAAUUUCCUCAACCAAAAAGAAACUAAAUGACACCAAAAAGGGAAAAGGGAUUCAUUCUAUUGGACAUCUCGGACACAAGCACGAGGGACAGUGCUUUGAUUAACUUGGGGGAGAAUUUCAUGGAAAACUCACAUUCAUACUCUAUAUUGUUGUAUUGUUUUAUUAAAGCUUGUUAAGUUGAAAAUCUGAAAGGGCAACUUAAGAAAAAAUAAAGCAAAAAAAAGAGUGAGUUGUGAGGAUUAAAAUAGAAAAAUGUGGGAAGCUGGGAUUAAAACCUGGAAGGGCACCUAGGCAAAAUGAGAGAAUGAGAGAAAGUAUUUUCUUUUAUUUCUGCAGGAUCCUAAGGGUAACAAAAAAAAGUUGAGGUUGAUAAGAAAUAUGGAGUUGAAGACCCCUCUUUUCUGUUAUUUUUUGGGGAUUGACCCUCCCUUGUUUCUGUUAGGUCAUUAGCUGUUGAAUUUGUUCUGCACAGCUGUUUCCAUGUAGGGGAGUCUUUUGCUUUGAAUAUCAUUUCCCCUCCGUAUCUAUUUUGCAUGUAUUCAGCCCAUAAGGUGUUCCCUUCUUUGUAUAUCCACCAAUUUUUUACCUGUAAGGCUGCUUGUAUGUCAUGUAAUGAUCUGAUAUUUAGUACCCCCUCUCCACCCGGGUAGCACAACUUCUCCCAUUUGAUCAAGUGAUAACUGUUUUUGUUUUCCUUUGAUCCCCAAAAGAAAUUUGCCAUUAGCAUGUGAAGAAUAUGAAUUAUCUUGACUGGUAUAUUUGAGACCGCUAAUAGGUGUAGAGGUAUCGUUGUAAGCAGAUGUUUGAUUAGAAUCAAACGCCCACUUUAAUUUAACAAUUUUUGUUUCCAUUUUGCGAGGUUCCCCUCAAAUUAUUGGACGAGCUUGAUCCAAUGGCUUGGCCUGGUGGUCCCUUGGUGAAGAGUUGUCCCAAGGUUGACCGAUUGACCAGUUCCAUUGGAGUAUCGUUUGAGAAGUUGCUUCAGGUGCUUGAGAGAUGUUGUUGAUCCGUUAAGAAAUAGUAUCAAGUCAUCCGCAUAGGCUAGGUUGUGUAUGCUGGAGCACCCCCUCCCUAUUUGAUAAUGUGUAAUCUUGUGAGUUUGUAUCAGUUUGUGUAAACCUCUUGUAAAACACUCAGAUAUAAUGAGAAACAAGUACAGAGAAAGAGGGUCACCCUGUUUGACCCCCCUCUGUGACUUGAAGAAGCCAUGGGGUCUACCGUUCACUAGGACUGAGAUGUGGGUUGCCUCAAGGUUGCCCAUAAUCAAACUGAUCGCCCGGGGGGAGAUACCUAUUUUAUAAAGUUCCCUCUCAAGAAAGGUCCAAGAGACCCAGUCAAACGCUUGCAUAAAGUCCAGUUUGACUGCAAUGUUGCUGCCUCUUACCUUCUCAUCAAGUAGAUGAAGGAGUUCUCGGACAAGUAAUAAUUAAAAGAGCAUUCAUCAUCUCUUUUAGUGUCCUAUUUUUUCUUUCAGCUAUUCCAUUA